GACGCCAAGGCGACCGGAGCCAAAGGCGCUGGCGAGAGGUGCAUAGGCCUGAGAGUUCCGAGUGUCGACGUGUCCCUCUGGGACUGUAACGGUGUCCAAGCAGUCCCAGCGUGGGAGCGUCGCGGGGAUCCAAACGUUCUUUGGCUCGCCCGCCCCCAUCCUCAGCGGAGAUGGUACUGCCCGGAAGUGCGGACGGAGUCUGCGGCUGCGCCUCUUGCGAAAGGGCAGGGUCCCGGGACUGGUCACUUCCGCACUUCCGCUUUCCGGCCCAGCCAGCGCCCGCGAUGACUGCCACUCUCCGCCCUUACCUCAGUGCCGUGCGGGCCACGCUGCAGGCUGCCCUCUGCCUGGAGAACUUCUCUUCCCAGGUUGUCGAACGACACAACAAGCCAGAGGUGGAAGUCAGGAGUAGCAAAGAGCUCCUGUUGCAACCUGUUACCAUCAGCAGGAAUGAGAAGGAAAAGGUGCUAAUUGAGGGCUCCAUCAAUUCUGUGCGGGUCAGCAUUGCUGUGAAACAGGCUGAUGAGAUCGAGAAGAUUUUAUGCCAUAAAUUUAUGCGCUUCAUGAUGAUGCGAGCAGAGAAUUUCUUUAUCCUUCGAAGGAAACCAGUGGAGGGGUAUGACAUCAGCUUUCUGAUCACUAACUUCCACACAGAGCAGAUGUACAAACACAAGUUGGUGGACUUUGUGAUCCACUUCAUGGAGGAGAUUGACAAGGAGAUCAGUGAGAUGAAGCUGUCAGUCAAUGCCCGAGCCCGCAUUGUGGCAGAAGAAUUCCUCAAGAAUUUUUAAACCAUCUGGCUGGAUCUCGUGGCCUUCCCCUCAGCCUCCCCUGUGUCUCUGUGUCUGCGAAGGUGUCUUGGAGUCACUCCCCAGAGCGGCAGCAGAAGCAGCAGCAGCAGCUGGGAGCUGGGUCGGGUGGGCAUUGGAUAUGGGAGGGGGGUGUGGUAUGCUUGCUAACUGGGCAAGAAAGCAGCAGUGGACCUGCCCCAAGGUCAUAUGUGCCUGGUCAGGCUGGCUUCUGAUGUUCAGUCUCCUGGGCCGAGACAGAUUUUUUUUAACAUCUUGAAACUUAAACUCUGUGCUUGUAGGAGACUGUAACCUUUUUGUCUUUUUUUUUUUUUUUUUUUUUUUUUUUUUUAAACAGCCUCCACCUCUAGUGGCUGUGACCGGUCCCAGUGAUUGUACCUUAUUGGUCGCUGUGGGUCUGGGCGGGCCUGGAGCCAGAAGGCGACUAUUUUUCCUGUGCCACCCCAGGUGGAGAGAGAGAGAGGUUUCAGACUCCAGUUUCUCUUCCUUGCUGUCUUAUUUGCAAUCCUCCUUAGGCCCAGUAGAGGUGGUAGGGACCCUCUACUAGCUUUCUGAGCUCUUCUUGAGCUCAGCACUGGCUGGGAACAAGGGUUGAAUCCAUGUUUGCCAGUCAGGCAUAGGAGCUAAGGCCCCAGAACCAGGCAUCUUCUGGCUGCAGGGGCCACCUGGUGCCCUCCCCGCCUCCCCAGCUGAGAGGCGCCACAUCUCACCUAGUCUGGGUACAGUGCCUGUGUUGCAGGUGGAGAGGUGAGUCCUCCAGAGCGCCCAGCUGGGCCUUGCCUACUCUGGCUCCUCUGCUCCCAUGCUCGCUGUCUCUGAUUCUGGUGGAUCCUCCCUUCCCCUAAUUAAAGUCUCUUCCUGCCCCUUUGGGGCUGCAUGA